GUUUUCCGGCUGCCUUCAACGCAGAGCAGGUGCGCAGUGCUUGCUUGUCUGGAAGCCCCUGGUUGCUGGUGGCCACGGAAGAUGCGAGUGCCUAUGCAGUGGAAGCAGGCAGCGGAUCGUCACUACCCUGGCCCGCCGGCUUUCAGGUGGAUGCCCUCCUUUGUCCCGAAGAGGCGAGCUGCAUUUUGGGAAUGUCAUGUGAGACGACAGACUCUGUCCUGUGCUGCUGGCGCCUGCCGUCUGGCAACGAGAUGUGGCGGCGGCAGACUGGUACGAAGCUACUGCAGCCAUUGGUGUAUAUUGCGAAGCUCAAGGCGGUCGCGGCUGGCUGCUUUGAGGGCGUCCUGACGUGGGAUGCGUCCGACGGAUCUGCGACGCGGCGCUUGAAGACCGAGCUGCCCGUCGAUCGGAUUUGGUACUUUCCGCAGCAAGAGCUGAUUUGCGCGCGGGGCAGUGAAAUCUUAGGUCUCACCACACAUCUUUCCACGUGGAGUGUGAAUGCGCUCGCCGCCGGCACAGGAGACAGCCCCGUUUGGGAGAAGUCUUCAAAUGAGAUGGUCAUGGCACUGGCGGGCGAUGGUGGAAGUCUUUUUGCCCGCGUGGGAAGUGUCAUCCAUGCUUGGGACGGCAAGUUGGGCAAAGAACUCUGGCAGAGGGCGCAGAUGGAGCUACCGCGGCUUCCAACACUGCCGACCUACCUGCAGUUGGAUUCUGGCGUCUUGUACGUCGGGGCUGGCAGCUUCCUCCUGGCAUUGAUGCAGCCUUGCUCUUCAUGA